CUUCUUCUGUGGUUUUAAAUCCGUCUGAGUCGAAGUUCGUUCUUUGGGGAAUUUAUUGAUCGCCUAAAGAAACCUUUGAGUUCUGAGCUGAAACCAUGAUCCGGUCUCUGGAGCACUCAGAGGGCUGAUCUGGAGCCAGACUGAUCAGGACUGGUGCUCCUCUCGUGGUGGAUCUGUAUUCAUUGAUUAUUGAUUGUUGAGGCUGUGAUGGAGGCGGAGUGGGCGGCGGCGGCGGCGGACCCCGCUCAUCUGCAGCUCCACUACAACCAGCUGGAGGGUCGGUUCAAACAGCUGCAAGAUGAGCGUGAGGCCGUCCAGAAGAAGACUUUCACUAAGUGGGUGAACUCUCAUCUGUCCAGAGUCUCGUGCAGGAUCACAGAUCUUUACAUGGACCUGAGAGACGGACGGAUGCUGAUCAAACUACUGGAGGUUCUUUCAGGAGAGAGACUGCCGAAGCCCACCAAAGGCCGGAUGCGGAUCCACUGUCUGGAGAACGUGGACAAGGCUCUGCAGUUCCUGAAGGAGCAGCGGGUCCACCUGGAGAACAUGGGCUCCCACGACAUCGUGGACGGGAACCACCGGCUGACGCUGGGCCUCAUCUGGACCAUCAUCCUCCGCUUCCAGAUCCAGGACAUCAGUGUGGAGACUGAAGACAACAAAGAGAAGAGAUCAGCCAAAGACGCUCUGCUGCUCUGGUGCCAGAUGAAGACGGCCGGGUAUCCCAACGUGAACAUCCACAACUUCAGCACCAGCUGGAGAGACGGGAUGGCCUUCAAUGCUCUCAUCCACAAACACAGGCCCGAUCUGAUCGACUUCGACAAGCUCAAGAAGUCCAACGCUCACUACAACCUGCAGAAUGCUUUUAACCUGGCAGAGCAACACCUGGGCCUCACCAAGCUGCUGGACCCGGAGGAUAUCAGCGUGGACCAUCCAGAUGAGAAGUCAGUCAUCACCUACGUGGUGACGUAUUAUCACUACUUCUCCAAGAUGAAAGCUCUGAAGGUGGAGGGCAAACGUAUCGGAAAGGUGUUGGAUAACGCCAUCGAGACGGAGAAGAUGAUCGAGAAGUACGAGUCUCUGGCCUCAGACCUGCUGGAGUGGAUCGAACAGACCAUCAUCAUCCUCAACAACAGGAAGUUUGCCAACUCUCUGGUCGGAGUCCAGCAGCAGCUUCAGGCCUUCAACACCUACCGAACCGUCGAGAAACCUCCAAAGUUCACGGAGAAAGGAAACCUGGAGGUUCUUCUCUUCACCAUCCAGAGUAAGAUGAGAGCCAACAACCAGAAAGUCUACAUGCCCCGAGAGGGAAAACUCAUCUCAGAUAUUAACAAGGCCUGGGAGCGACUGGAGAAGGCGGAGCAUGAGAGGGAGCUGGCUCUGAGGACGGAGCUUAUUCGUCAGGAGAAACUGGAACAGCUUGCCAGACGCUUUGACCGCAAGGCAGCCAUGAGAGAGACCUGGCUCAGCGAAAACCAGAGACUUGUGUCACAGGACAACUUCGGCUUCGACCUCCAGGCUGUUGAGGCGGCCACCAAGAAGCACGAGGCGAUUGAGACGGACAUUGCGGCGUACGAGGAGCGUGUCCAGGCUGUGGUUGCUGUGGCAAAGGAGCUGGAGGUUGAGCACUACCACGACAUCAAACGUAUCACAGCCAGGAAAGACAACGUGAUCCGGCUGUGGGAGUACCUGCUGGAGCUGCUGAAGGCCCGCAGACAGAGACUGGAGAUGAACCUGGGUCUGCAGAGAGUCUUCCAGGAGAUGCUGUACAUCAUGGACUGGAUGGACGAGAUGAAGAUGUUGUUGCUGUCUCAGGAUUAUGGGAAGCAUCUGUUAGGUGUGGAGGACCUGCUGCAGAAACACGCCCUGGUGGAGGCUGACAUCGCCAUCCAGGCUGACAGGGUUAAGGCAGUCACCACCAAUGCUAACAAAUACUCUGUGAGCAACGACGGCUACAAGCCCUGCGACCCUCAGGUCAUCCGGGACCGGGUUUCCCACCUGGAGUUCUGCUACCAGGAGCUGACCCAGCUGGCUGCUGAGCGUCGUGCCCGCCUGGAGGAGUCCCGCCGUCUCUGGAAGUUUUUCUGGGAGAUGUCUGAGGAGGAGGGCUGGAUCCGUGAGAAGGAGCAGAUCCUGUCCUCUGUCGAGCAUGGCAAGGACCUGACGGGGGCGCUGCGCCUCCUCAGCCAGCAACGUGCCCUAGAGGACGAGAUGAGCGGCCGUGCAGGCCACCUGCAGCACACCAUUGCAGAAGGCCAGGCCAUGGUGGAGGCCGGCCACUUUGCCGCCACCAAGAUCCAAGAGCGUAUCGCCGACCUACAGGCUCAGUGGGCAGCACUGGAGCAGCUGGCAGCGGCGAGGAAGAAGAGACUGGAAGAGGCUUUGGCACUGCACCAGUUCCAGGCUGAUGCAGAUGAUGUUGACGCCUGGACACUGGACGCCCUGCGCAUCGUCUCCAGUGGAGAGACAGGCCAUGACGAAUUCUCCACCCAGGCUCUGGUGAGGAAACACAAGGAUGCAGCGGCUGAGGUAGCCAGCUACCGCCCAGUCAUCGACUCACUCCACGAGCAGGCAGCCUCCCUGCCUGAAGAGGAGGCCGGCUUAGAGGAAGUGCGUGGGCGGCUAGCUUGCAUUGAGGAACGCUACAAGGAAGUGGCAGAGCUGACCAAGCUGAGGAAGCAGGCCCUGCAGGAUGCUCUGGCGCUCUACAAAAUGUUCAGCGAGGCGAACGCUUGUGAGGUUUGGAUCGAUGAGAAGGAGCAGUGGCUUAACAGCAUGGAGAUCCCUGAAAAACUGGAGGACCUAGAGGUCAUUCAACACAGGUUUGAGAGUCUGGAGCCAGAAAUGAACAACCAGGCAUCUCGUGUUGCUGUUGUAAAUCAGAUUGCCAGGCAGCUGAUGCACAAUGGUCACCCAAGUGAAAAGGACAUCAAGACCCAGCAGGACAAACUCAACAACAGGUGGAGCCAGUUCCGUGAUCUUGUGGACCAGAAGAAGGAGUCCCUGAACUCAGCUCUGGGAGUGCAGAACUAUCACCUCGAAUGCAACGAGACCAAGUCUUGGAUCAAAGAGAAGACCAAAGUCAUCGAGUCCACCCAGGAGCUGGGAAAUGACCUCACAGGGGUUAUGGCCCUGCAGCGCAAACUGACCGGUAUGGAGCGGGACCUGGCUGCCAUCGAGGACAAGCUAGGCGAUCUGCGAGGCGAAGCCCAGCGAUUGGCAGAGGAGCAUCCCGAUCAGGCAAAGGCCAUUACAGGCCGCCUGGCUGAGAUCACUGCUGUCUGGGAAGAAAUGAAAAACACUCUGAAGAACCGUGAGGACUCCCUUGGUGAGGCCAGGAAGCUGCAGCAGUUCCUGCGCGAGCUGGACGACUUCCAGUCCUGGCUGUCCCGCACUCAGACCGCCAUCGCCUCUGAGGACAUGCCCAACACGCUGGCCGAGGCCGAGAAGCUCAUGGCCCAGCACGAAGGCAUCAAGAACGAGAUCCAGAACUAUGAGGAGGACUACCAGAAGAUGCGGGACAUGGGGGAGAUGGUGACGCAGGGCCAGACGGAUGCACAGUACAUGUUCCUGCGACAGCGGCUGCAGGCACUCGACACCGGCUGGAACGAACUGCACAAGAUGUGGGAGAACCGGCAGAACCUGCUGUCCCAGUCCCACGCUUACCAACUGUUCCUCAGGGACACAAAGCAGGCUGAGGCCUUCCUCAACAAUCAGGAAUACGUCCUGGCUCACACCGAGAUGCCCACCACUCUGGAGGGCGCCGAGGCUGCCAUUAAGAAGCAGGAGGACUUCAUGACCACCAUGGAUGCCAACGAAGACAAGAUCAAUGGCGUGGUAGAGGCCGGUAGGCGGCUGGCCAGCGACGGAAACGUCAAUGCCGAGCGCAUUCAGGAGAGAGUCGCCUCUAUUGAUGACAGGCACAAGAAGAACAGGGAGGCUGCGGUGGAGCUGCUGAUGAGACUGAAGGACAACAGAGACCUGCAGAAGUUCCUGCAGGACUGCCAGGAGCUGUCUCUGUGGAUCAAUGAGAAGAUGCUAACAGCUCAGGACAUGACCUACGACGAAGCCAGGAACCUGCACAGCAAGUGGCUGAAGCACCAGGCCUUCAUGGCCGAGCUGCAGUCCAACAAAGAGUGGCUGGACAAGAUCCAGAAGGACGGCACACUGCUGGUGUCGGAGAAACCGGAGACAGAGGCGGUGGUGAAGGAGAGGCUGUCGGCGCUCCACGCCAUGUGGGAGGAGUUAGAGUGCACCACGCAGACCAAAGCGCAGUGUCUGUUUGACGCCAACAAGGCCGAGCUGUUCACACAGAGCUGCGCCGACCUCGACAAGUGGAUGGGUGGCCUUGAGGGUCAAAUCCAGUCUGACGACUAUGGCAAAGACCUGACCUCCGUCAACAUCAUGCUCAAAAAACAACAGAUGCUGGAGAACCAGGUGGAGGUGCGUCAGCGGGAGGUGGUGGAGCUGCAGAGCCAGGUGAAGGCUCUGGGUCAGGAGGUAAAGGACACUGACGAGGUGGACGGACGGAGGCAGCUGGUGGAGAGGAAGUUCCAGGAGCUGCUGGAACCGCUGCGACGCCGCAGGGACUUCCUGGUGGCGUCCAGAGAGGUCCACCAGUUCAACCGAGACGUGGAGGACGAGAUCCUGUGGGUUCAGGAGAGGAUGGCUGUGGCCACAUCCACCGACCACGGACACAACCUGCAGACCGUCCAGCUGCUCAUCAAGAAGAACCAGACUCUGCAGAAGGAGAUCCAGGGUCAUCAGCCUCGCAUUGAUGACAUCCUGGAGCGCAGCCAGAGCCUCCUGAAGGAUGAGUCGUCCAGCGGGGAGGUGAUCCGGCAGCGUCUGGCCGACCUGCAGGAGUUGUGGAGGCAGCUGAUGGCGGAGGCGGAGCGCCGCCACGGCCGGCUGGAGGAGGCACACAAAGCCCAGCAGUAUUACUUUGAUGCUGCAGAGGCCGAAGCCUGGAUGAGUGAGCAGGAGCUGUACAUGAUGUCUGAGGAGAAGGCCAAGGACGAGCUGAGCGCCGUCACCAUGCAGAAGAAGCAUCAGAUCGUGGAGCAGGCGGUGGAGGAUUAUGCUGAGACCGUCCACCAGCUGUCCAAGACCAGCAGAGGACUGGUGGCUGACGGACACCCUGAGAGUGAGCGUAUCAGUAUGCGUCAGUCUCAGGUGGAUAAGCUGUACGCCGGCCUGAAGGACCUGUCAGAGGAGAGGCGGGGCAAACUGGACGAGAGGCUUCGACUCUUCCAGCUGAACCGAGAGGUCGAUGACCUCGAGCAGUGGAUCGCUGAGCGGGAGGUGGUGGCCGGGUCGCACGAGCUGGGACAGGACUACGAGCAUGUUACUAUGUUGCAGGAGCGCUUCCGGGAGUUUGCUCGGGACACCGGGAACAUCGGUCAGGAGCGCGUGGACGGCGUCAACCGCAUGGCAGACGAGCUGAUCAACACCGGUCACGGCGACGCAGCAACGGUGGCAGAGUGGAAGGACGGACUGAAUGAGGCCUGGGCCGACCUGCUGGAGCUCAUUGACACCAGGACGCAGAUCCUUGCCGCCUCCUUCGAGCUCCACAAGUUUUACCACGACGCCAAGGAGAUCCUGGGACGCAUCCUGGACAAACAGAAGAAGCUGCCAGAGGAUGUCGGCCGCGACCAGAACACGGUGGAGACGCUGCAGAGGAUGCACACCACCUUUGAACACGACAUUCAGGCCCUGGGAACACAGGUGAGGCAGCUGCAAGACGACGCAGUGCGCCUCCAGUCGGCGUACGCCGGAGAUAAAGCCGACGACAUCCAGCGGAGGGAGAGCGAGGUGUUGGAGGCCUGGAGGAGUCUGCUGGAGGCCUGCGACGGACGCAGGCUCCGCCUCCUCGACACCGGAGACAAGUUCAGGUUUUUCAGCAUGGUCCGAGACUUGAUGCUGUGGAUGGAGGACGUGAUCCGGCUCAUCGAGGCCCAGGAGAACCCCAGAGACGUGUCGUCAGUGGAGCUGCUGAUGAACAACCAUCAGGGCAUCAAGGCCGAGAUCGACGCCCGAAACGACAGCUUCACAGCCUGCAUCGAGCUGGGGAAGUCCCUGCUGGCCAGAAAACACUACGCUUCAGAGGAGAUUAAAGAGAAGUUGCUGCAGCUGACGGACAAGAGGAAAGAGAUGAUUGACAAGUGGGAGGAUCGAUGGGAGUGGCUGCGACUCAUCCUGGAGGUGCACCAGUUCUCGAGGGAUGCCGGUGUAGCCGAGGCCUGGCUGCUGGGUCAGGAGCCCUACCUGUCGAGCAGGGAGAUGGGUCAGAGCGUGGACGAGGUGGAGAAACUCAUCAAACGCCACGAGGCCUUCGAGAAGUCGGCCGCCACCUGGGAGGAGCGCUUCUCUGCUCUGGAGAGGCUGACUACGCUGGAGCUGCUGGAGGUGAGGAGGCAGCAGGAGGAAGAGGAGAGGAUGAGGAAGCCGCCGUCUCCAGAGCCGCCCGUCAUUCAGCAGGAGGACACUCAGCAGCAGAGUGGAGUCAUCACCCAGAACGGACUGCCCUCGGACCAGGACUCUCCUCGGGAUGGCGUGGACGGCGGGGAUCUGGUGAACGGCGUGGCCGAGCGGAGUUCUAAGGAGCCGAGUCCCGGCACCUCGCCAACCUCCGGCAGGAAGAGUAAGACCAGCCAGUCGUCCACACUGCCCUCCAAGAACCAGGACUCUUCCUCGCAGCUGGAAGGACUCCUGCACCGCAAACACGAGUGGGAGGGGCACAACAAGAAGGCGUCCAACAGAUCGUGGCACAACGUGUACUGCGUCAUCAACAACCAGGAGAUGGGUUUCUAUAAAGACAGCAAGGCAGCGGCCCAGGGAGUCCCGUACCACAGCGAGUUACCCAUCAGCCUGAAGGAGGCCACGUGUGACGUCGCCUCAGACUACAAGAAGAAGAAACAUGUCUUCAAACUGAGACUCACUGAUGGAAACGAAUAUCUGUUCCAAGCCAAAGAUGAAGAGGAGAUGAGCACCUGGAUCCAGACCAUCCUGAACGCCGACCGCUCCGACGUGCAGGGCAGCAACCCCGGCACGCCGGCGUCUGGGCGCGCUCAGACGCUGCCGGCCGCCGUCACACUCACCACCGAGUCGAGUCCGGGCAAGAGAGAGAAGGACAAAGAGAAGGACAAAGAGAAACGCUUCAGUCUGUUCAGCAAGAAGAAACAGUAGAAAAUCUAACUUUGGUGAAACCGCUUCAGCCGCAUCCUGCCGCGCUCUGCCGUAACAAAACUCGUAGUUAGCUUCUUUAAAAAUACUCAAUUUCUAAUUUCCUGCCUUCAGCUGAAAGAACUGGAAUGUGCUUCAGAGCUCCAGGAGACCUCCGUCCCCUCCCAGUGCUACAAACACCAAAUGAUCCCAAAACUGCCCAAACUGCCGAAUCCACAACCCGCGAGCGGCGUCGCUCUGAUCAGUUUGGUGUAAAAUAUUGCAGCCGCUAACGUUUCAUCUCUAAAUCUGGAAAUUUUAACAAAGCGUUAUUUUCAUCAUUAACUCGUCUAAAAAGUCACAACCGACGUUAUUAUAAUAAUGAUAUAAUUAUUGUUAUUAUAGACACAGGAAAUAUUGAAGAUGUAAUAGAAACAGAAACUUAAACGCUACAUUAAACUUUACAUGUGUUCGCUAGCUGUAGCUACAGAUCCAGUGUGUACCAUUUAGCUAAUGUUAGCUUGCUAAUGCGGACAGAUUGCUAGCAUGGAGAAAUGGUUAGCUUUACGCCUUCGUACCGCUGCGUCAUUUAUUGUUGGCUAAAAUCACAUUUGUCAGAAUACAUAAGUGAGUGUGAUGGAUCACGUUAGCUGGCGAAGCUAAUGUUAGCCUACAAACAUCCACUCAGAUAGCGUUUUGCUAACGUUAAUACUGAAAUAUUUCCGUUAACGUUUAAAUGUUUGAAAUCAGGUUUUGAACCUUGUGAAGGCUCAAACUUCCCGCCGCUGACGGAGGUGGGCGAGCUGAGACGGUUUCACCAGAGCGUGGCGUGGGUUUGUUUUUGUGUUGAUUCUCGUGUUUUCUUCACGUGGUCGUCUGGUCGGGCGACGAGGCGAACGCAAACACUGUGCCUGAGAGCGAUGUAACCGCUAACGAUCGUUGGUCGAUCCGUCGACGAUGACCCGCUGUUACAUCCCAACUGGUCGCCGCCCCUCUCGCUCGCCGCCCCUCUCGCUCGCCGCCCCUCUCGCUCUCUCGCGGCGGCGGCGGCGGCAGGGACCACGCACUCGUUUGUUGCUACAUUGUUUCAGUUUUCUUACUUUGUUGUUUUUCUACUUUUUUCAGAGUUAUUGCCUCAAUUUUGUGGGGGCGUCCUCAGAGACAGCCUACAUUCUUCCUCUGCCGUUGAGAAAUUGGACCAAUAGUGCAUUUUGUUCUAUUAUUAUUUGACUGUUUUUGUCCUCUGCAACCAUUUCCUGUUUGUCUUCUAGACAGCCAAUCACCUUCGAGGAGGGCUGCGAUGUAGAAAUGUCCACUUGCAUGCUUCGUCAGGCUUCAGAGCGCCGCCUGAAAACACUCACAGAAACUACAACUCUUCCUUUUUUAACCUUUUCCUUUGGUCGGAUCAACAGAUAGAUCGAUCUGUAUAAUAAUAAUAAUAAUAAACACUUUAAUGUUAAACGGUAGACGCGUCACGUACCGCAGACAGGAAGUGGAGACAUGAAGGUUGCUUGCUUCUCGUUCAGAUUUUCUGCUCUUUGAUACUCGUGUUGCUCUGUCACUGUAUAUCUAUCGUACUGAACAUGUAUGGAAGUUAACGCCAUCUUACUGCACAAUCAGAACUACAUCUAUAGGAAUGAAGAAGAAGAAGCUGUUUGAGGCCGAAUAUUUAAGCAGAAGUUAGAUCAUAAAAGCUUUUCUCAUGUAUGAAACUGCACCUGUAGACUUUAAAGCUCUCUCUCUCUCUCUCUCUCUCUCUCUCUCUCUCUCUCUCUGUCUCUCUCUCUCUCUCUGUCUCUCUGUCUCUGUCUCUGUCUCUCUCUCUCUCUGUCUCUCUCUCUCUCUGUCUCUCUCUCUGUCUCUCUCUCUCUGUCUCUCUCUCUGUCUCUCUCUCUGUCUCUCUCUCUCUCUCUCUCUCUCUCUCUCUCUGUCUCUCUCUCUCUCUCUCUCUCUCUCUCUCUCUCUCUCUCUCUCUCUCUGUCUCUCUCUCUGUCUCUCUCUCUGUCAAAUAUGUGCGAUGUCAUUAAAGCUUUUAAACUUUA